GCCCCGUUGACUCACGACGACGACGGCUUGAUAGCGCGGAGGAGCGGCGCGUAUCAUACCUAUAUCAUAUCGUCCUAGGCGUUAUGGCAUCUGCAGAUGAGAAGAUGGAUCUUUCCAAGCGGAAGAUUCCACGCAAGACGUUGAACGAACAACUCCCUACGCGAACGCGGUCGCGAGGCAAAGAAAAACCAGUGGACGUCGCGACAAGUGCGAGUACUCGAAGCGACGGCGUGACGCCACCGCGGUCGCGAAGCACGCCCGGCAAGGAGCGCACCUCGUCGUCGUUGUUGAAUGCGCCGCCUCGCACAUUCUCCACCGCUCUGUCGUCGGCCAAGUUGUUGCCCGUGGAGCAGGAGCAGCAGCUCCAGGCGAUGCUGACCUCGAAUCGCUUCGAAGAUGCAGCGACAUGGAUCAGCGGAUCCACGUACUUGUCCGAAAAGUACCAGCUCGCGGACGUCGUGCGCUUGGUGCUGGACAAUCGCCAGUUCGACCUGGCAGGUCGGCUCAUUCGCGAGCACAAGCUAGCCGAGAACCAGCAACUGGUGACGUAUUUCGUCAUGGAACUCGUCCGCAGCGGCCGCUUCCACCUCGCCGUGCGAUACGCGCAGGAGCUGGUUCCGCACUUCAACGCCCCCGUCGUCGACCCUUCGACCCGCCCCAUGUGGACGCCCAGCACGCUGGUCAAGGCCAUGAUCCGUGUGCAGCAGUACAAGCCCGCGCUCAAGUACACGCUGCAAUUCCACUUGGAAGGCGAAUUCCCCGUCAAGAAGUUUGUCCAAGGGAUGCUCCAUGAAAAGACAUGGCUCGACGCGUUUACCGUGAUCCUGGAACACAAAUUAGAGACUGCGUUCUCUCUGGACAACCUGAUCGACAACCUCCUGGGCGAGCAGCAAUGGUCAGCUGCCAUCAAGUGCGUGAAAAUGGCCAAGCGAACCGCCGUGUACACGGGGCCGGUGCUCGUGCGCCACAUGAUUCAAAGCGGCGACUUCCUCUCGACGUUGCACUACCUCAAGGCGUUCGACUUGACUGGCGACGUGGCCUUGGUGCGCCACAUGCUCGACUUUAUGUGCCGGUACGGAGAACUGUACAAAGCGCUCAAGUACUCGGUCAAGUUUGGACUGGCGGCGGAACCAGCGUACGACCCGCGCCGCCUCAUCGAUAUGGCCAUCGACCGUCGCCAAUUCCACGUCGCGCAGCUGUACAUCAAGCGCCUCAAGCUGGACGACCUGUAUCAGGACGAUCUGCGGCACAUUGCGCACGAGAAGGACCAUCUGGCGGCGUCCUUCCGCGCGCUCAUGGCCGAGAAACGCCAGCGCCAACUCUCCCCCGACGUCCAAGCCCGGAUGCAAGCCUGCCUCGGAGACCUCUACGAGCCACCAUCUGACGAAGAACGCGACGUGGUCGUGUCUGUGCACGAGCAAGUGUUCGCCAAGAAGCAACCCAAAGAGACGACCCCGUCGUCGCUGCUCGAACGCCUCCGACAGUUCAAAGUAGACGAUAAACAGCAGCUGCCCAGUGGAGGCAGUCGGGUCUUCUUGACGUCGUUCCCAGCCCAAAACGCCUUCCACUCUGAAGGCACAUUGGACCAAUCCUUUGCCGACGUCGACCGCGCGUUUGCGUACCCUUCGCCCCCGCCGGCAUCUCUCCCUGCCUUCUCCCCGCCGCUUCCGCCAUCGCAGCAGCCCCCACAAUACACCCCCCCGCCGCCCCCCAUCCACCGCCACCAGUUCUACAUGCCGCCCCCUCCCCCGCUGCCUUCCCAACCACCCCCGCCACACCCAUCGACCUCGUUCGCGCCGUCGUCUUUUGCACCACCGCCCCCUACUCCAUUUUACGGGUACCAACCCCCUCCCAUCACGUCGUCCGUGGCGUCGCUCGCCAUGCAAUUCCACGUGCACCACCCCCUUCCCCCUCCCCCCCCUCCUCCAUUGCCUCGACAGACCCACCGGUCGUUUGUGCCCAGCUUGAGCUUAAAACCAUCGCCCGUUGGCCCCAAGCAGCACCAGUAGUACCAUCACCCCCACCAGCAGUUGCAUAACAUACUCACACACUUAGACCAUUCAAACCUAUACUUUUAGACUUGCUGGGGACGAUGCUGAUUGGCCAUUCACAUCUCUUGAAACUUAUCCAACCUCACACCUUGGCUUUCAAAUUGCGUGGAAUGUCCUGGAUCGCCUUGCCUCGAAUCGAAUACAGACGCUCCGCUCGUUGCUCCAGCGUGCCUCUAUAUAUCAUCACAUGUCAAUAUAUAUAUCGAAUAGAUGCCAUGUUUACCCGC